CUUUAAAAAAAAUUAGCCUAGCACGUCUUGUGGACCAGCAUGGUAGAGUCACCUGGGACUCUGAGGUGAGGAUGGAAGACUUUGCAGAUAAUGAAAAAGAACUCUGUUUGCACACGUUGGAGAGGCCGAAAAACAGCUUUAUCCCACUUGGGUUUAAGUGAAUUGGCAUUGGGGAAGAUUCCACUGAUUCGCCGAAUCUCUUCUCUUUAGUGACUGCAGCAGCCGCAGCGGCAGCACCUCAGUCCCUGAGCCCAUCGUGGGCUGAAAGCAUUGCUGGCUGUCCAUGCUCCUGGAGGAAGUGUGCAGAUGGGAUUAACGUCCACAUGGAGAUAUGGAAGAGGACCGGGGAUUGGCACUGUAACCAUGGUCAACUGGGGUCGCUUCGUCUGCCUGGUCGUUGUCACCAUGGCAACCUUGUCCCUGGCCCGUCCCUCAUUCAAUUUAGUUGAGGAUACCACCGUGGAGCCGGAAGAGCCACCAACCAAAUACCAAAUCUCUCAACCAGAAGUGUACGUGGCUGCGCCAGGGGAGUCGCUAGAGUUGCGCUGCCUGUUGAAAGAUGCCGCCAUGAUCAGUUGGACUAAGGAUGGGGUACACUUGGGGCCCAACAAUAGGACAGUGCUUAUUGGGGAAUACUUGCAGAUAAAAGGUGCCACGCCUAGAGACUCCGGCCUCUAUGCUUGUUCUGCUACUAGGACUGUAGACAGUGAAACUUGGUACUUCAUGGUGAAUGUCACAGAUGCCAUCUCAUCUGGAGAUGAUGAGGACGACACCGAUGGCACUGAAGAUUUUGUCAGUGAGAGCAGUAACAACAAGAGGGCACCAUACUGGACCAACACAGAGAAGAUGGAAAAGCGGCUUCAUGCCGUCCCAGCAGCCAACACUGUCAAGUUUCGCUGCCCAGCUGGGGGGAAUCCAACACCAACCAUGAGGUGGCUGAAAAAUGGAAAGGAAUUUAAGCAGGAGCAUCGCAUUGGCGGCUACAAG